UUAUAAUAAACGAUCUAAAUAACAUCUACACGUAAAUUGGAGCUAUUUAGGGUUGAUAAUUCUCCAUUUAGCACCUGGUUUGUUUGGCUUUUUAAUCUCCCCGGCCACCGGAAGCGGUGCGGAUAAAGCCGAGGUCGCAAAGUGCGUCACACGGCUGAGCUGCGGAGAAGCACAACGCGAGAGCUGCAGACGACCGUCGAUUAAAAAAAAAUACAUAUCCAGUUCCACCUUUUGUGUGUGUGGGUGUGUGUGUGUGUGUGUCCGUGACUAAAAUACCCGAGCGGGACGUUUUCCGGGUCCAGCAUGGUGAAGAUAGCUUUCAACUCGGCUCUGGCGCAGAAGGCGCUGGGCAAAGAGGUGCCAGCCGCGGUGAAGGACCCGGAGCUGGCCUCUGACUCCGCGGCCACAGACGGCUUCGGUCGCCUUAUUCUCUACCUGCUCGGCAUCUCCUUCAUCCUGACUGGGCUCAUCGUGGGGGGAGCGUGUCUCUACCGGCAUUUCACCCCGAAGAGGCUGUAUCACGGAGCGAUGCAGUUCACCGACGUGUCCACCGGGGCGGAGAGCCAGCCCUACUACCUGCCGCGGGUGGAGGAGGAGGUGGAGAUCUCGGACAGCAUGGCCGUCGUCAGCGUGCCCCCUCCUCGCUUUCGGCCCGGAGACCCCGCCUACAUCCUCCACGACUUCAACCGGAAGCUGACGGCGUACCUGGACCUGACUCUGAGGACCUGCUUUGUGAUUCCUCUCAACACUUCGGUGGUCCUCCCCCCUCAGGACCUCAUCGACCUCUUCUCACAGCUGAUGAGUGACUCAUACCGCAGCUACCUGGUGCGCGAGGACCUUGUGGUCACCGAGCGCAUCGAGGACGUCAAGCCGCUGGGUUUCUACAUCCGCCGGCUGUGUGACGGAAAGGAAACUUACAGAAUGCAGCGCCGGUCCAACCUGCCAGGCGGAAACAUCCAGAAGCGCUCCGCCGACGACUGCUUCACCAUCCGCCACUUUGAGAACAAGUUUGUGACGGAGACCCGCAUCUGCAAGGCCUGAUGAGGAAACGGCCAGAGAGAGAGAGAGAAAAAGAGAGAGAGAGGGAGAAAGAGGGAGAGAAAACGGGCGAGCCGGGGUGAGUGAGGGAGUGAGUGAGGGAGUGGAUGAACGACAGCGACAGGAAGCACAACUUUCAGCAGAAAGCUACUUUUGUACAAAUCGUUUUGCCUCCCUUUGCUUCCCAGCUUGUGUCGAGUGAGUUUGGGUUCCAGAGCCGCCGCCGCUGUACGUACGCCUAACCUCCACCUGCUGUUUGUUGUUACCUUAGACGCACUAAGUUUCAUUUGCGCCGCUAGAAUCCGUUUUGUUCGCCGUGGCUUCCCGCAGACCCGCCCCAUCGAUGUUCUUGUAUCCCAGAUGCGAGUUGUUUGGCAUCCUGCUUGAUAUUCCCGUCGUUCCCAGCAGGUGUGCGACGCCUCUCGUGUUUCCUGUCGCCUCCUUUCCCAGAGCUGCUUCAGCGGCGCGCCGUAACGCUGACGCGCACGUUCGGACGCACACGCGUCGUCUCACUGUCAUGGUUGCCAACACGGACGAAAAUCCGGCAGCUGCCGCUCCUCACCUUUUGUAGAUACUUCCCAGAGUGCCCUGCUGCUGCUGGCACUCCUCCGUCCUGCCGUGUUAUGAUUUAGUGUAACUGAUGAUGAACUCUUUCGUUUUUUGUGUCUGUGUAGAGACAUUUCUAGAUGUAAACUAGUGAAGACCGCAAGCUAAACCGACGGGACCAAGCUAAAGGGAAACGCUGCGUGUUAUUUUGAAGGUGAAAAACGUUUAUUUGAUCGCCUGCUUUGGUUUGUGAAUUUGUUCGUAUAUUUCAUUUUAACCUGAACAACAAAAAAAGAAAAAAGAAGAAGAAGAAAAAAAAAAAAGCAGAUGUAACCCGUCGUUAUUAUAGUUGGUGGCAAAUGAAGUUUUACAUUUUUCACUGGAAAACUUAUACUUGCUUAGAUUUAAUUACACGAAACUGUUACGUUACGGUUGAGUUUGGAAAUCCCUUCGGAAGCGAAAAGAAAAAAGGAAAAAUGUGAAAAAAUGUUAUUUUUGAAACGGCUUUGUGCCAAACGGAAUAAAAAAGGGGGAACAAAAGGAAACGUUGCGAGUUGUUUUAGUGGUUUGUUCUGUGAAUCCCACACAGGAAGACAAUCAGUAGGAAGUGCUGUAGGCUAGUAACGACAGGCCGCUCUCCAACCCAACGCCUGUGGAAUAAAACGAAACAACUUUGUGUGACACUACUGAACUGAAUUUCAUUUUUGUUGUUGAAUAAAGUUGCUUUUCUUAACCUGCUUAAAAACUAAA